GGCUUCAGUUGAUUAGCCAAUGGGAGACAAUCACGAGCCAAUUUACUUUUAUUUUCUUUCGUUUCCAGGCCAUUUUUCCAUCGAUUAUCACUCGAAAUAGUCAAAUCUCACCGAACUCAAUUUAUUGGAACACAAUUAAAACCAAUUAAUUAGUUAAUUUGGAACAUUAAUUACCUGAGGAGUUUAAGUUUCGUCUUUGCCGCUGAUUUAAGCCACACCAAUGGAAACCUAAACAUGUUUACCCGAAUUCGAAUUUAAGUGGUGCCAUCUAUCGACUUAGUUGGUUAAUAAUUGGAACAUUUUGUUGAUCAUUGAUUUUGUCUUCUUCUUGUCUUGAUAAUUAACUUUCUAAAUUAAAUUUCCUUUAGGCUUUCAAUUUCUUUCUUUGCAAAUUAAUCAUGAAUCGAAUUAUAUCUCGUUUUCCUCGUUAUUUCCUUAAUAAUCCCAGAAUAUUAUCCAAUUCAAUUCCAUCAAGAUUAUGUGCUACUAAUGUUGGUUCUCAUUCUGAAAAUCAUACACCUGUUUGGAAUGCUGAAAGGCUACUUAGUGCUGGUUUAAUUGGUGUCAUGCCUCUUUCUUUUAUGUUACAAUCUCCUAUCAUGGAUUAUCCAUUAGCCUUGUCAAUGGUUCUUCAUAUUCAUUGGGGUGUUGAAGCAGUUGUAGUUGAUUAUAUUCGUCCGAGAGUUUUUGGUAACAUUAUACCUAAAUUAGCUCUUUACUCUGUCUAUGCCUUAUCGAUUGCUACUCUUGCUGGACUUUUCUAUUUUAAUUAUACUGAUAUUGGUGUUGUUCAAGGAGUCAAAAUGGCAAUGAAGAUGUAAAAAAGAAAAAAUAAUUUAUUCUCUUUUCUUUUUUUUGUGUAGUAUAUUCCCUCCGCUUUUCUCAAUCCUAACUAUUAUCUGUGUGAAUUUAGCUCAUUAUUUUAAUCGGAACAAACAUCAACCACCGUGAAAAGGAAAAAAAAUCAAAAUUACUAAUCAUUUAGAAUAAUUAAUAAUAACUUAAUGAUUAAAAUUGAAAUUCUAUUGA